AUGAGAGACACAAAUCAGCUUACCGAUGUUCGUUUGAUAGCGAGGAACGGCACUUCUUUGUACGUUCAUCGAGCAGUGGUGUCUUCUACUAGUGUUUUAUUUCGUUCCCUGUUCAGAAACAACUUCCUGGACAAAGAGUAUACCAACCAAGCAACUGUGUAUUUUCCCGAAGUUUCAGAGGAAACUCUUCGACUAAUAUCGGAUUUUUCCUACGGACUCGACAUAUCUUUAGACGAUUGUGAUAUUCCUGAACUACUGAAUUGGGUGGGAUAUCUGCGCAUGCCCGAGCUGUUCACUUACAGCGUAGAAUGGAUCGCAAAACAGUUCAGUUUUGACAACUGUUUGAAAUUUGUGCGACUGGCAACGCUUUACAAGGCUGUUGAACUGAAAAGCAAAAUCCUGCGUUUUGUGUGCAAUAAUUUUGAAGAGGUAUGGCUGAAAAGCAGGGCUGAUUUUUUGACGUUAUCAUUCGACGAUUUAUUGGCCAUUCUCUCCGACGAUCGUACGAACAUUCGAUACGAAAGACUGGCGUGGCUGGUUAUCAAACAGUGGAUAAAGCAUGUUCCAGGCGAGAGGAAGAAAUUUUUCAAGAGACUGUUCAUGACCCUGCGGCUUACUCUAUUGGACCCCUGCACAUUCGACGAAAUUCUUGACAACGAGAUGGUGGAAAAUGACGAAGAAUGCAUGAGUUUAAUGCACGCAGCUUAUGCAAUGGUGCGCGGCAUUCAGCUACAGAACAAUGAAAUUAUGUCACUGUUGGAGGGCAACGCGUGCGUUCCACGGCUUCCUUACGAAGUCGUUUUUACAACUGGAGGCAAGGCUGCUCAUGUGGUAAGGGGUACGAUGCAAGUCUACGAUCCUCGGGCAGAGAAGUGGCAUGAACUGGAGUCGUGGGACAAGGCAGGCUUCAGGGCAUACCACGGAAGUAUAUCGGUCGGUAGCUCCUUGUUCAACAUCGGCGGCUAUAACGGCAAUGACUACCUGAGUUUGGUGAGUGUAUUUGAUUUGUCUGAAAAAUCAUGGUCGUAUCGAGCUGCCAUGAACGCCAAGCGUUGCUAUGUUGCUGUCGCUGAAUAUCACGGUCAGAUGUAUGCGUUUGGAGGUAUGGACGGAAGACAUCGUUUGCAUACGGUUGAACGGUACCAUCCCGAAAGUAACCAGUGGUCCUAUGUUCACUGUAUGAACUCCCCGCGAAGCGACGCCCAUGCAGUGACUGUUGGUGACAAGAUUUUCGUAGUCGGUGGAUUCGACGGUUUCAACUUCAUGAGCACGGUCGAGUGCUAUGACCCGGCGGUGGACAGGUGGACCGAAGCAAGUCGCAUGACAAGGCAACGGAGCGGAGUCGGUCGUUACGACCCGAGGACCAAGAUGUGGCAGGAACUGGCCCCAAUGCGCCAGAGACGAAGCAAUUUUGGCAUUGCCGUAGUCGAAAAUCAGAUGCUCGUUGCAGGAGGACUCAACAUGUUGCAUGCAAUGAAAACUUGUGAGAUCUACGAACCUCGAAUGGAUCGCUGGAGGCAUCUUCCGCCAUUACUCAAGGCAAGUUGUGCCCUAUCCUGUGUCGUUUUCAAGGAACUGCCAAACGUAGAGAAUUUCCUCAAAACGCCACGUCAGCCAAAGCGUUCGCUUAUUUAUCCCUGGGACUUUCCUUGGCAUUUGCACCGAGAAGCUAACAAUGGAACGUAG